AUGACACACCUCAAAAAGCUGGACGCGCUGGAGAGCCUGGACCUGACGGCGAACGAGCUCUACGGCCUGCCCACCGAGUUUGGGCAAAUCUUCAAGGCGAGACUGAAAAAGCUAGCCAUCGGGCGUUGCAGGCUGGUGUUCGUACCGCCCGAGGUGUUCCAGCUCGACAAACUGGAGAAACUGAGUCUGUAUCGCAACUACAUCGUCAAGUUUCCGGGCAGGCUCGCCACGCGGUUGAAGGGUUCGCUGAGAGAACUCAACCUGAGCGGCAACCGCAUCGAGACGAUACCGCCGGAAAUACAGCAGAUGGAACGUCUGACGCGGCUGUUGCUGAGCGACAUGGCGCACACGCUGACGGGCGUGCCGAAGGAGCUGGGGGAUUUAAAAAAUUUGGAGUACCUCAAUCUCCAUGACACCAACCUGCAUGAGGUGCCCAAGGAGUUGGGUAAGCUGGCCAACCUGCGGGAGCUGGUGCUGAGCAAGAACUGGUUGUUAGAGGUGCCCAAGGAGUUCGGCGGGAUGAACAAACUUGAGACACUGAACGUCCGGAACAACCCGAUGUUGAGCGUCCCGCGGGCAGUGCACGAGACGGGCGCGACGGUGCUAUUCGCGCAUUACAGAUGGUGA